AUGAGGCCUGAAAAGCGACCUGCGCCGGACGGCGAUGACAAUACCGGUGAUGGCAAAAACAUUGGCAACGUCGGUAUCUUCGGCAGCAGCAAAUUCGGUCCGUUCAACGUCACCGAAUCCCCCGCUCCCAAGAAAGCCAAGCCGGUCGUCACAAAGCAUGAAGACUCCCGUGGUCCCGGUGCCAGUCCAUUCGUUCCAUCCACGACGCCCAGAGGACUGCAUGAACCCUGCGUGGGAAUCGGCAGAUUGAGCAAGAGCAUCGUCGCUAUCCGCGCGGGACCCGGCAGAGAGACCUUCUUUGUCCACCCACACUUGCUCAUGGGCUGCAGCGAGUUCCGCAGACAGCUGGGCACGGUGGCCAACGGUGUCACAGAGAUCGAUCUCCCGGACGAGGACCCCGACAUCAUCAGCUUGAUGAUAUUUUGGUGCUAUGAAGGCAAAUUGCCUUCUGUGAAGUUCUCUCAACAACAGGAACCUACUUUGGGGGGUGCAGAUGCCACAAAUAAAAAUACCCCAACUCAGCCAUCACGAGGACCCAUGACCACUGAGAGAAACGUAAGCGUUACCACGGUCGGAGACAAACUCGCAACUCCCAAGUUAUUCGUUCCUGAUGUCUUCACAUGGAACGCCUAUCUUGGCGAGACGGGUUCCAGUCCACGCAAACCGUUCCGGCCUGAGUUUUAUCAACUCAAAAUACUCAAGUUGGCCAUCAUGGCAAGCAAGAAGGACUGGCCCGAGCUCUUCCGGAGUGCAGUGAGGAUUUACUGCAAGGGCGAGUUGCAGUUCAACCGGACUUGCCCCGCUGUCUGUCACAUCGAUGCAGUUUGUACCUUCAACGCCCCGAGAGAGGUGAGCGGGCUCAUGAUGGACUACGCCAGAUAUCUUUUUGACAAGCACGGCACGCUCUUCACCUUCGCCAGCAACACAAACCCGUCUGUGGCGAACUUCAUGGCCGAGCUUCGCACCGUGGAGAAAUACAGCAAGGUUUCCAGCGAGAAUCCGCUUCGCCGAUACGCGCCCCCAGCUGAGGAUGUGGGCAAAAACAACGAUGACAGCAAGGAAGGAAGUGGCCAGGUCUGA